AUGCCUGUCUACCCAGCGAACACCUAUAAGUCCACCACUCACAGGCUUAACCUUGGCGUAUUGACCGAGGCGCGAGCCACCAAUAUCGACCUUGAUCACUCUGACAAAAAUGGCAAGACGAGGGGUACCUCUUUUCAGUCCAAGAGCAAGCCGUUGAUUGCUAAUGCUGGAAAUGAAGUUGUGCUUUCGGCUGGCGAGUUCAUCGUGCGCUACGAUGGCAUCUUCAAGGCUAACAAGGAAUAUCCAGGUACUCUUCUGAUCCCUGAACUUCUUGAGCCGAGCAGCAUUGACAGUCGCAACGUGUUGAGGAAGCGCAAGACUAUCCCAAAGAUCGACCUUUCUGAAGUUGGGGAGAAGUACCAAGACCAUAUCUUGGUUUCGACUACAUACGAGAUCGACCUUCACUACCUUGCUAGUUGUGGCAAGAUCGCGCACAUGCACGGGUCGCUGUGGGAGGACCUGAGGAAGGAAAGGCCUCCGAUGCUUCAGAAGGAGUAG